AUGAAGGGACUGGAUCAGUGUUUCAAACAUAAACGAGCGUUUAUGUAUCACUGUGAAGACCAUACAGAAUUGUUCUGUGAAAUAUGUGCAUUUCCUCGUCAUCGGAGAUGCGACAAUAUCCACGAAAUAGCAAACAUAGCUAAGAACGUGAAAGAGGAUGAGAGGAAAAAGAUACGUGCAUCCAUUAUCACUGCCUCAGAAGUAAUAAUGAAAUGCCAAGAGGAUCAAUUGAACAACAUUUCGCGAGUGGAAGAAAUCGUAAAAGAAAUUGAUUUUUAUAAAGAAGACUUAUUUACGAAAAUUGAGAAAGCCAAGGCGCAAAUUGUCAGCGAAAUAACAAACCAUAACACAUAUGAAAAUGAACGUCUAAAUACGAGGAGAAAUGCGGCUGAAAUCCUGAAGAAAGAUCUGGACACGCUCUUGGCAAUGUCAGAUAGCGUACGCGAGAAUGGGACGGAAACGGAAAUAUUCAUUCUAAACCACAUCCUCAAGAGUACGCAAGACAAGGCAUCACAAACACUGAACACUUUGUUGAAGAAUGAUUACACCGUCAAAACAGGAAUAAAGUCAAAAAAACGGCCGGUGAGUCUAGAGCUGUUAAAAACCAUAGAGAUCGUGAAGACAGGAGACGACAAAAAGCAGCCGUUUGUUACUGGACUGGACUUCCUGCCAGAUGGGAGGAUUGUCGCCGUGGAUGGCUACAACUUGAAAUGUUUUAUCUUGAGUGACACACUGAAGAGGUUCGAUGCAUUUUAUAAAUGUAAGACAUAUCCCAAUGACGUAUCUUCUUACUCUGAUAACAAUAUUGCAGUAACCGUAAAUGACCGAACCAUCUGCCUGCUGACAGUGGGCACUGACCACAAAAUCACGCUGAUGAAGACGCUGACAAUUUCCACCAACUGCUUCUCCAUCUGUCACCUGAACGACAGCACAUUCGUAGUGAACACUCAUGGCGACCCAAGGCCUGCCAGGAUGAUCGGCGUGGACGGCAAUGAGAGUGACUUUGACAACGUCAAGUUUCCUGGAAGGUCGUAUGAGAUUGAUGAAAGUAAAUGUACCUACAUACCAUAUGGGGAUACACUUGUUCUUACGGACAGGCAUGAUCACACAGUUUACAUGUUCAACACCGUGACCGGCAAAAACACAAAGAUAAAAGAUCGCUCGAUACGGGAACCGAGAGACGCAUGCGUUGGUCCCGAUGACUCCGUGUUUGUCUGCAGUGAGAAGACAAACUCCGUCAUCCAGAUAUCGCCCGACGGGGACAUAUUGGCGUCAUGUAACGUCGACAUGACAUUUCCGUUGGCCGUGACCGUUUCCAGGGACGGUUCCAGAAUGGCCGACAAUGCCCCAGCGCACAGGGCCCGGUACACAGAGUUGGAGCUGGAUGUUCUCGGGAUCGGCAGGUUGGAGCCCUACAGCCCAGACCUUGCGCCACUUGAUUUUGCGCUUUUCCCGGCCGUCAAAGCCCAGCUACGCGGAAUCCGAUUCGACGAUCUCGAGAGCCUACGUUGUCACGUGCAGACAAUUAUGUCUUAA